GCGGGGGCCUAGUUUUUAAAAAAAGUAUCAUCGAAUGGACAAGACAGGGUAUUAAAUUGAUGAAAUUAUCCCACUGUCAGAAAAGGAGGAAAAAGAGGAGAAAAAAACGAAACAGAGCCCAUCUGGGUAACAGGAAGGUGUUGCUGAAAAUGUCAGACUCAAAUGUGGAUAACAGUAAGAAGAAUUUCUUUGAGGGGGAAGUAGAUGAUGAGGAAAGUGUGAUUUUGACAUUGGUGCCAGUUAAAGAUGAACCAAAUAUGGAACAAAUGGAACCAAGUGUUUCAAAUUCUGAUGUCAAACUGAAGAAGCCUAAGAAAUACAAUCAAGGUAAUCUACUUCAAACAAAUGAACAAUUUACAGCUCCACGAAAAGCUAGAUGCAAAAUACCAGCCCCUCCGUUGCCGACCAUUUUGCCUCCUAUUAAUAAGGUGUGUCGGGACACUUUGCGGUACUGGUGUCAAGAACUUGGUUUGAAUACGAAGGGCAAGAAAAUAGAACUUUAUCUGAGGCUCCAUGGGCAUGCUUACCCUGAACAACAGCAAGAUAUGCCUGAAACGUUACGAGAGACCAGAGUACAGCGGUGUUCAAGGAAAAGCAAGGCAGUGACCAAGACAGCAAGGCUUCAGGAAAGUUUUGAGAUGAAUGAGAGAGCAGAAGAGACUAAUACAAUUGAAGUGAUAACUUCAGCGCAGGAAGCCAUGAUGGCAUCGUGGGCAAGAAUUGCUGCAAGAGCUGUUCAGCCUAAGGCUGUGAAUUUGUGUUCCAUUCGCGUUUCUGUUGAGGCCUUUUUGAUGCAAGCUUCUGGUGUCAGGUGGUGUGUGGUCCAUGGUCAGCUUCUCUCGGCAGACACAAAGGGUUGGGUACGCCUGCAGUUUCAUGCAGGUCAGGCCUGGGUGCCUUCCACUCGCAGGAGGAUGAUUUCUCUCUUCUUGUUACCUGCCUGCAUUUUCCCAUCCCCAGGCAUAGAAGAUAAUAUGUUAUGCCCUGACUGUGCUAAGAGGAAUAAGAAGAUGAUGAGAAGAUUAAUGACAGUAGAGAAGUAGCAACGACCUGCUUGCAUACAAUGUACUAGAGAAGGUGGGAUGUACUUUCAGACCAUGUACCCUAUUAUGAAGGAAUGGAAGAGGAGACAAUUUGAAUGAAUCGUCCUGAUCUACAAAACAGUCAUAGUGACUAGGACUCCCCAGUGAAGAUGGUUGACUGGUGACACAGCCCCAUCUAGAGAGCCCCUUUCUGUAUGCUUGAAAACCCAUUAAAAUAAAGUCACUGCAGUUGGC